AUGUUCUCCAAGCUCUUGUCUACCACCGCGGUGGUCCUCGCCGCCACCCAGCUGGUUUCAGCUCAGACCCAUACCGACUGUGAUCCCACCAAGAAGAAGUGCCCUGACGACCCUGCUCUGGGUACUACUGUCACCGUUGACUUCACCAAGGGCGACAACAGCCUGUUCAAGGCUGCCGAUGGCACUACUAUUACAUACGACAAGAACGGUGCUGUCUUCACUAUCAACAAGGAGACCGAAGCUCCUACCAUCACCAGCAACAAGUACAUCUUCUUCGGCAGGAUCGAUGUUGAGCUUCAGGCUGCUCCCGGUACCGGUGUAGUUACUAGCUUCGUGUUGCAGUCCGACGACCUCGACGAGAUCGACUGGGAAUGGCUUGGUGGUGACAAGGCCCAGGUACAGAGCAACUACUUCGGCAAAGGUGAUACUACCACCUAUGACCGUGGUGCUUACCACGCCGUUUCCAACCCUCAGGACCAGAUCUACAAGUACUCCAUUGACUGGACUAAGGACUACGUCCGCUGGCUCAUUAACGACAAGCAAGUUCGUGAGUUGAAGUAUGCCGAUGCUAAGGGCGGCACUCGAUUCCCCCAGACUCCCAUGCAGAUCAAGCUUGGUACCUGGGUUGCUGGUCGUUCCGACGCUCCUCAGGGUACUGUCGAGUGGGCUGGUGGUAAGACCGACUUCAGCCAGGCUCCCUUCAUUGCCCACUACAAGUCUCUCACCAUUCAGGACUACAGCAACGGUGUUAAGAAUGCUGAGAAGUAUGUCUGGGCUGACGGCUCCGACGGUUCUUACCAGAGCAUCAAGGUUGUCACUGGUGACGGCAAGGAUGACGACACCAGCUCUAGCAGCUCUGCCUCCAGCACUGCUAAGUCCACCAAGACUGCUUCCGAGACCAAGACCUCUGACAAGACUACCUUGACGACUGUUACUUCUUCUGCCGGCGCCAGCGCCAGCGCCACUGCUUCGGCCUCUGUCUCUGCCUCUGCCUCUGCGACUCCCACCGGUGCUAAGGACGCCUCUGCCUCUGCUUCUGGCAGCAGCAGCACCUCUCCUGCUGCUCCUACCACCAGCAUCCCUACCACCAACGCUGGUAUGAAGACUGGCUUCAGCACCGCUGCCAUUGGUGCUUGCCUCAUGGCUGUUUUCAUGCUAUAA